AUGGCCGUAAUAGGGGCCUCUUCCUCUGAGAUUUCCAUCGCUGUUGCCCGGCAACUCAACCUGGAGCGCAUUCCUCAGGUUAGCAGUCAAAACCCACCCACAGUGUCGAUUGAUGUACAGUAACAAAAGGGUUGAUAAAAUAAUGAAUAACCACAGAGUUGUGUAAAAUAAAUGAUAGACCAGCAAUGAUGAUAUAGAUUAAUGACAUAAUCACUUCAACACAAGAAUGCCGUAAACCAUGUGGCCAGGCAGCAUUUGCCACAGCACUUUAUAUUAAGUUUAAUCAAAUAUAUAGACACAAAGCAUUAAAAAGAGGGGCAAAGUGCUGUUUUUUAGACUCACGCUGGCUGGGAACAACGAACAAAGCUCAAGGCACGCUCGCCACUUUCCUCCGGUAUUUAUUUAGCAGCUCUGAUAGCACAUUACUCCGAACAGACACAAGCAAAAACUCGUACAUAAAUGUAGCAGCCUAUACACCUAAACAUUAGUGAUCUGACAUGCUGUAUUGCAUACAAACAUGGUCUCUUUUUUGCUUUCCUGAGUAAGGCAACUCCAAAAUGCAGGUGUUUCAGCCUAGCUCAGUGCUUUCUGUGGUGGAGAGGCAGCCAGCGGAAAAUACAGAGUGUAGGCGUUGGUAAUCUUCUCUAGUUGCGCCAUGAUUGGCUCAGUGUUCUGUCACUCAUGGGGACACUAUGUCACAGCAGAAUCUACAGGGAGAGCUAGGCAGUUCAAGCCCCCUUGGGUGCUACCUUAGAUUUACAUUAGAAGUGCCCAUCUAAGAAGGCUCAAGGUCAUUGGCCACAGAUAAAAUGGCAUUAAAUCCCGUUAUAUCUACCGUAGCUUUGAUUGGACUGAUCAUGUCAACAUCAUACUUUCAAAAUCUUAGUUAGCAAGCUACACAAGCUGUCAUCAUCAUGAAUCACGUCGACAAUCUACUGGCAAAUCCUUUUCAAUCCUUGUCAUAUGAAGAGAAAUCAUAGAUAGAAGGUAUCGGUGCUCAUCGGCCAUUGGACAUAAACAUAACACAACAAGUUGGAUAAGCUGCAUAAAUUAUGUAAUAUGCCAGGGAGAUAUGUAUACUGUAGCUAAGAAAGUAAUACUAAGUGUUUGUUGUGUAGUAAGCUGUUAGUAGCCCAUGUUUCUCACCCUAAUAAUUUGGUCCCUUUCCCCCUCAUAACUUAGCCUACUGUUCUGACUUGUAGCCUAUACCCUGUUUUAGAGAAAAGUCAUCAUUGAAUAUUGUAAGAGCUUUCAUUGUCUGCUUAUAUGUCCCCUUUAUUUCUCUAUGGUUCUGACUUGGUGUACAGGGAGAACACCGUAAGAAUGGCCCAUGUUCUGAAUUCUGUCGCUGUACAUUUCAAAAGUGCUGAACAAAUAGUUAUAUUGACUACGUCCGUCUUAGCUCGCUCAUUAAUGUCUUCAUCGAAAUGACAGGUUGCCUCUUAUCCGCUCAUCAUUCCCUUAUGCCAUAGUUUGUACAUCUCAAUUGUCAGUAGAAACCACAUUUGUUUAAGCAAGUCAGCCAUAUCAGCUAUGUUUUUUUAAAAGGCAGUAAAUGAGGCUGAAAGGUUGUUUCGCUGCCAGACAAGGCUCUGCUGAUAGCCAGGUGAAGUGGUGGUAAAGAAUAACUAUGUUGUGCUGAAAAGAAAGCUCUGCUGUUGGGACAGCUUUAUGUAGGCCCUAACAGUUUGUGGGCACCGUUUGUCACCGUUAUAGUGCAAUUAAUGUAUUGUUUAGUGUUGUGUUGUGUAGUGGCUUUGCUGGCAUGAAUCUAAAACAAAAAUGGGAGUUUGCUCACCAAGAUUGACAUGUGUCACGCCCUGACCUUGAGAGCCCGGUUUUCUCUAGUUGGUUUGGUCAGGGUGUGAAUUCUGUUAUCUAUAUCUAUGUUGGCCGGGUGUGGUUCCCAAUCAGAGGCAGCUGUCGAUCGUUGUCUCUGAUUGGGGAUCAUACUUAGGUAGCCAUUUUGCCUACCUAUGUUGUGGGAUCUUGUUUCUGUUUGUUUGGCUUGGUUGAUGUAUAGCCUUUAGAACUUCAUGUUCAGUUGCUUUGUCAAGUGUUUAUUAUAUUUAUUAAACAUGUAUGCAUACCACACUGCACCUUAGUCUAAUCCUUUACUCAACGAACGUGACAACAUGCUAAAAUCCCCACUGGUCUGUGUAUAGGAAAUUGAUUAGAAAAACUCUGGUCCCAUCGUAGCCCAUUAAAUAAUAUAUACACUGAACAAAAAUAUAAAAGCAACAAGUAAAGUGUUGGUCCCAUGUUUUCCAUAUCACAAAAGGUUUAUUUAUCUCAAAUGUUGUGCACAAAUUAGUUUACAUCCCUGUUAGUGAGCAUUUCUCCUUUGCCAAGAUAAUCCAUCCCUCUUGACAGGUAUAGCAUAUUAAGAAGCUGAUUAAACAGCAUGAUUAUUACACAAGUGCACCUUGUACUGGAGACAAUAAAAGGCCACUCUAAAAUGUGCAGUUUUGUCACACAAAACAAUGCCACAAAUGUCUCAAGUUUUGAGGGAGUUUGCAAUUGGCAUGCUGACUGCAGGAAUGUCCACCAGAGAAUGGCCAUCUCCAACGUUGUUUCAGAGAAUUUGGCAGUUCGUCCAACCGGCCUCACAACCGCAGACCACGUGUAUAGGUUCGUGUUGGCAAGAAUUUUGCUGAUGUCAACGUUGUGAACUGAGUGUCCCAUGGUGGCGGUGGGGUUAUGGUAUGGGCAGGCAUAAGCUACGGACAACGAACACAAUUGCAUUUUAUCGAUGGCAAUUUGAAUGCACAGAGAUACCGUGACGAGAUCCUGAGGCCCAUUGUUGUGCCAUUCAUCUGCCGCCAUCACUUCAUGUUUCAGCAUAAUAAUGCACAGCCCCAUGUCGCAAGGAUCUGUACACAAUUCCUGGAAGCUGAAAAUGUCCCAGUUCUUCCAUGGCCUGCAUAUUCAGACAUGUCACCCAUUGAGCAUGUUUGGGAUGCUCUGGCUCAACAUGUAUGACAGCGUGUUCCAGUUGCUGCCAAUAUCCAGCAACUUCGCACAGCCAUUGAAAAGGAGUGGGACAAUAUUCCACAAACCACAAUCAACAGCCUGAUCAACUCUACGCGAAGGAGAUGUGUCGCGCUGCGUGAGGCAAAUAAUGGUCACAAAAGAUACUAACUGGUUUUCUGAUCCACACCCCUACCUUUGUUUUAAGGUAUCUGUGACCAACAGACACAUAUCUGUAUUCCCAGUCAUGUUAAAAACUCUUAAAUAUAAUGGCAAAAUGUCGAUUUCCGCCUAAAUAGACAUUCCCAAAAGUAACUGCUAUUCAUGUGUAAUUACAUGAUUCUGACAUGCCAAAACUUGGUAUAUUUGGAAAGAAGACAUAUGGGAGAUUAUAAGGAAAUGAUCAGAAGAUAGAUAGGAAUUACAUCGUUCAGAAUACACAAGAUCAAGCACACACAAAAUAACCUUUUUUAUAAUUUUUAUUUUGAAAGUCAUCUUUCAUUGACAAGAUAUGAGUGAAUUAUUGAUGCCCAGAGCUGGAAGCACAUCAGAUGGCUUCCACAAAAUGUGAACAAUAUCAGAAAAAAAUGUGAUUGAUAGACCUAACAACUAGAAAUGAGCAGAUGUUUUAGUAAGUGGGUGUCAGGUAUGGUCACGGAAUGUUUCCAAGUGUCCCUAAACCUCUCCAAAGUGGCAUAUGUCUAAAUUAGAUAAUUCCAGUGCUAUUACAUAUUUGCAAUCCCUAAAUGCUAUUUGUUCAGUAUAAAAACACAAUUUCUACCAUAUCAACCUCACUCAAACAUUGUGGUGGUGUUAUGGGGUAUCCAGGGUACAUUCAAGUGUCCUUUCAACCUCUCGAAAGUGUCCGAAUGUGGUAAUUGCACUGUUUCUGCACACUGGAUGUGCCUAAAAGUUAUUGUUCACUAUAAAAACUAAAUUUCUACAACACCAACCUCUCUCAAGCAUCGUGGUGGUGUUGGGGGACAUACAGGGGAUAUCCAAAUGUUUUUUCAACCUCUCCAAAGUGCCUGAACGUUUAGUCUAGGCAUAUUCAAUGUAUUGGUCCCACAUACAAAUGAACUGUUUACAAAAACAAUAUAAAAACAACAGAUAUACAUAAAAAUAUAUAAAAAUGUCUUAUCAAACACAAACUUGGAUACACACGUGUCCUUCACUAAAAAAGGUGCCAAAAUAUAAAUAAGCUGAACUAUUUACAAAUGGCAUUCGUGUUCGUUUGAUUAGAUUUCACUUUCACCGUAGCUUAUGCAUGUCGUGACAGUCUUUGAAGCAGUCCCUCUCUGCCAGGAAACAAAAAGCAAACUGGGAUUUCGGAUAUAAGAUCUGGCAUUUCCCCCUUUUUCCCCAGUGUUUUGUGCAGUUCUUCCUUUUGUCUUUUGGCAUGUGUGUUGAAUAGUGGCGCUCACCUUGAGUGGGGGGUCAUGUGAUGGUUGUGAGGUUGCUUUGGGCCCCCAUUUCAGUCAUUUCCAACACCAGCUGCUCUCGGAAUGCCAACUGGGAGAGAGGGGUUUGACCUUUUGCUUUGGCCAUUUGCUUGUGGAGAAUGAAAGCAUUUACUGUAACAAUGUCCACAAAGUGGUAAAAAAAAGUAUUAUACCACUUCCUGGUCUUGUGGAGGACCUGGUAGUAGCCUAUCAGAGCAUCAGAUAGGUCGAUAACCCCCAUGCUGGCAUUGUAGUCCUUCACAGAAACAGGAAGGGAGACAUUCUUCUAUUUUCACCCUCCUUGAGACAUUGUCGUUAUUGAAUGCCUUAUGCGGUGUGGUGAGCACGGUUACUUCCCUUUCUUUGUGUCUUUCCGUUUCACAAAAAGCAGCUUGUUAGAUCUGAUCCAAUGUAUUGUCCCCCUCUCCUCUGUCUUUGUCAUAAUAUAUAAUAAUAAUAAUAUAUGCCAUUUAGCAGACACUUUUAUCCAAAGCGACUUACAGUCAUGUGUGCAUACAUUUUUAGGUAUGGGUCGUCCCGGGGAUCGAACCCACUACCCUGGCGUUACAAGCGCCAUGCUCUACCAAUUGAGCUACAGAGGACCACUAUGUCGUUUACCUUGGUCUUCGGGAAACCGAUUAUUUUAGGACCAAUGGUGCCACAAGCCACUAUUUUCAUUUUCAAGAGGUCUAUGAAAAGUGGGUGUAGAACCAUCCGACAGGGUGAUUGACAUAGCAAUGGGGGGUGAAGACCUUGACCGGCGCUUGCUGGGGAGGGGUGGCUCCCAAACGUCAUCAUCCAAAUCCUCUGUAUCCUCCACUCUGUGGUGAAUAAAAUAAAGGGAUAUAUUGUUGUAAGACACACAGAAUUACAGUUGACUGAAUUUACAAAACGGCAUUACUUUAAAGUAGAAACACCAAGCCUAAACUUUAUCUGUACAGUGACUCACAUAGAAGGUGUGAAGAACACACACAAUGCAAACAGUAACACUUUGUAGACAAAGGCAGAUGUGAGAACCACAAAUAAACAAUGGCCAUGAGAGUUUAGCAAACAGUGAACUAAUAUGAAACAUAGACAAUAACUACUUUGGAAUUAUAUAACAUUGAAAUGACUUGUUACAUACAGUGGGGGAAAAAAGUAUUUAGUCAGCCACCAAUUGUGCAAGUUCUCCCACUUAAAAAGAUGAGAGAGGCCUGUAAUUUUCAUCAUAGGUACACGUCAACUAUGACAGACAAAAUGAGGGGAAAAAAUCCAGAAAAUCACAUUGUAGGAUUUUUUAUGAAUUUAUUUGCAAAUUCUGGUGGAAAAUAAGUAUUUGGUCAAUAACAAAAGUUUCUCAAUACUUUGUUAUAUACCCUUUGUUGGCAAUGACACAGGUCAAACGUUUUCUGUAAGUCUUCACAAGGUUUUCGCACACUGUUGCUGGUAUUUUGGCCCAUUCCUCCAUGCAGAUCUCCUCUAGAGCAGUGAUGUUUUGGGGCUGUCGCUGGGCAACACGGACUUUCAACUCCCUCCAAAGAUUUUCUAUGGGGUUGAGAUCUGGAGACUGGCUAGGCCACUCCAGGACCUUGAAAUGCUUCUUACGAAGCCACUCCUUCGUUGCCCGGGCGGUGUGUUUGGGAUCAUUGUCAUGCUGAAAGACCCAGCCACGUUUCAUCUUGAAUGCCCUUGCUGAUGGAAGGAGGUUUUCACUCAAAAUCUCACGAUACAUGGCCCCAUUCAUUCUUUCCUUUACACGGAUCAGUCGUCCUGGUCCCUUUGCAGGAAAACAGCCCCAAAGCAUGACGUUUCCACCCCCAUGCUUCACAGUAGGUAUGGUGUUCUUUGGAUGCAACUCAGCAUUCUUUGUCCUCCAAACACGACGAGUUGAGUUUUUACCAAAAAGUUAUAUUUUGGUUUCAUCUGACCAUAUGACAUUCUCCCAAUCCUCUUCUGGAUCAUCCAAAUGCACUCUAGCAAACUUCAGACGGGCCUGAAAAUGUACUGGCUUAAGCAGGGGGACACGUCUCGCACUGCAGGAUUUGAGUCCCUGGCGGCGUAGUGUGUUACUGAUGGUAGGCUUUGUUACUUUGGUCCCAGCUCUCUGCAGGUCAUUCACUAGGUCCCCCUGUGUGGUUCUGGGAUUUUUGCUCACCGUUCUUGUGAUCAUUUUGACCCCACGGGGUGAGAUCUUGCGUGGAGCCCCAGAUCGAGGGAGAUUAUCAGUGGUCUUGUAUGUCUUCCAUUUCCUAAUAAUUGCUCCCACAGUUGAUUUCUUCAAACCAAGCUGCUUACCUAUUGCAGAUUCAGUCUUCCCAGCCUGGUGCAGGUCUACAAUUUUGUUUCUGGUGUCCUUUGACAGCUCUUUGGUCUUGGCCAUAGUGGAGUUUGGAGUGUGACUGUUUGAGGUUGUGGACAGGUGUCUUUUAUACUGAUAACAAGUUCAAACAGGUGCCAUUAAUACAGGUAACGAGUGGAGGACAGAGGAGCCUCUUAAAGAAGAAGUUACAGGUCUGUGAGAGCCAGAAAUCUUGCUUGUUUGUAGGUGACCAAAUACUUAUUUUCCACCAUAAUUUGCAAAUAAAUUCAUUAAAAAUCCUACAAUGUGAUUUUCUGGAAUUUUUUUCUCUCAAUUUGUCUGUCAUAGUUGACGUGUACAUGUGAUGAAAAUUACAGGCCUCUCUCAUCUUUUUAAGUGGGAGAACUUGCACAAUUGGUGGCUGACUAAAUACUUUUUUUCCCCACUGUAGGCCUAUGUAAACUAAAUCCAAAGCACAAAAACGUAUAAAAAACGAAAUACAUAUAGUAAAUUAGCUCUAUAAAGUCAUUAAAUUAAUUUACUUACAGAUCUAAAUGUGGAUCGAAUCCUUCUUGAAAGCAAUCUUCGUCGGCGGAGUUAAAAUCCUCGUUGUCCAAAUUGCUCCGACCCGUAUUUUAUUAAAAGCUUCUAUGUCGGUAUACUCAUUCAUAGCUGCCUUCUUUUUAGCUUCCUGUUCGAUAUUCUUAGCAACAUUUCACUUUUUCAUCACUUUUAUAACACAUUAAAUGAUAUUUUCCACAACUAGGACAUCUCGGUUUCUCCCUUCUGCAAACCCUUGACACAUGACCAAAAGCUUUACAAUGAUCACACUGCAUUGGUCUUGGGAUAAAUGCUGUGACUUUGUAGUUUAUAUACCUCAACUGCAAUUGAGUACGUGUAACAGUGUUGCUUCCGUCCCUCUCCUCACCCCUACCUGGGCUUGAAUCAGGGACCCUCUGCACACAUCGACAACAGUCACCCUCGAAGCACAAUUACCAAUCGCUCCACAAAAGUUGCGGCCCUUGCAGAGCAAGGGAAACAACUACUUCAAGGUCUCAGAGCGAGUGACGCCACCGAUUGAAACGCUACUAUCGUGCACCGCUAACUAGCUAGCCAUUUCACACCGGUUACACUCACCCCCCUUUGACCUCCUCCUUUUUCCGCAGCAGCCAGUUAUCUGGGUCAACAGCAUCAAUGUAACAGUAUUGCUUCCAUCCCUCUCCUCGCCCCAACCUGGGCUUGAACCAGGGACCCUCUGCACACAUCGACAACAGUCACCCUCGAAGCACGGUUACACAUCGCUCCACAAAAGCAGAGGCCCUUGCAGAGUAAGGCAAACAACUACUUCAAGGUCUCAGAGUGAGUGACGCCACCGAUUGAAACGCUACUAUCGCGCACCACUAACUAGCUAGCCAUUUCACACCGGUUACAUGUCAAAAAACUAAAGAACAGAUAAACUCUUCACUUUUUCAUCAUUCACCACUCGAGUCAUCCGACGUGCAUCAAAUCAAAACAAAACCGCCUUUCGUGAUCCUCACAUCCUUCACUUUACCCAUCACGCUCUCCACCAGUUUGGAUAGCUCAAAUGGAUUCUUCAAGAUUGGUAUUUCGAUAAGCUGCUCCUCAUUAACAAACCUUACUCCUACAAGACAUAAAGGGACAUUCUCCGCACUGUACCCUACUUUGCUCCUUUUCCCAUUUUUUGAACAAUACCCUCGACUAACCGGUGACUUGACUUGGUACCGGUACCCCCUAUAUAUAGCCUCGCUAUUGUUAUUUUACUGCUGCUCUUUAAUUAUUUGUUAGUUUUAUUUCUUUUUUUUUAGGUAUUCUUUCUUAAAACUGCAUUGUAGGUUAAGGGCUUGUAAGUAAGCAUUUCACUGUAAGGUCUACACCUGUUGUAUUUGGCGCAUGCAACAAAUAACAUUUGAUUUGAUUUGAUUUACUUCAAUCCUCCUUGAUUCUUACGUUUUUAGAUUCACAAUCCACUUCAUCGUCCGCCUCCACCAUCUUUUCGAAUCUAUCGUACCCUGGCCUUGGCUAUGAUGUAACCCUGUGGAAGUCUGUGAGAGGGGUCAUCAACGUCAAUGACAUUAUAGCUGAGUACCAUCCAAUCAACAACAGCUUCAGCUACACCAGUGGACACACCAAAAAUCUAACUGACCUGAGGGUAAGGGUUAGGGGUUAGGGUUAGGGUUAAGUUUAGGAGUUAGAUUAAAGGGUUAAGGUUAGGGUUAGGGUUAGCUAAAAAGGUUAAGGUUAGUGUUAGCUAAAAGGGUUUGGGUUAGGGGAAUGGUUAGCUAACAUGCUAAGUAGUUUCAAAGUAGUAAGCAGUUGAAAAGUUGCUAAUUAUCUAAAAUGCUAAAGGUUUCCAUGAUGAGUUUCAAACUUGCAACCUUUGGGUUGCUAGAUGUUCGCGUUAUAUGCCAACCCAUACACCCAGACCCAGUCUUAUGUAGCUAUACCAAACGUAACAUAUCAUACUCAUUUGAGUGUUCUAGAUGUAUUUUUACUAUGUUACAACUAGUCUAUGAGACCAGGCUGUGAAUACACCUCCCUGACUGAAAAACCACAUGAUUUUACAUGUGGAAAAUCACAUGAUUUCUCUUGAAAUUUCACAUGUGGCUUUACAUACUCUCACAUGUUAUCACAUUAACUUCACAUACGAUAACGUGAUCACAUGAAAACAUGUUUUUGGAACACUUCACAUGUGAUCACGUGAAAUUCAUGUGUUUUUUCUGUAAGGGUCUGCUCAAUUGAACAUGGUUUUAAGUUGAGAGCUAGGUUAAACUGUGCCAUGUAAAGGCUUGUUUGAAAACUACUAUUAAUAGAUUUCAGUCACAGUUUUUCUUGGGUCAGCCAUUUAAAUUAUUGCAUUGUUUCCCGAUGCAGGAUGUGGUGUCUGUGUGCUCAGCUAGCUGUGAACCUGGGAAGUUCAAGAAGACUGCUGAGGGUCAGCACACCUGCUGCUAUGAAUGUAUCAACUGCACUGAGAACAACUACACCAACAACACUGGUUAGUUCUCCUGUACUGUCAUCUAUACACACAAGUGUACUCUAACUCUCCUCAGUUCACACAAUCUUACAACACUGUCCUUAUCCAACACUGUUAGUACGAGGCAACAACAAAUAUAUUUCUAAAUGCUAAACAGUUGUUCAAGCACUAUCCUCCUUUCCAACCCUUUGUGUGCCUCUCUCUCCUCUUCAGACAUGGACCAGUGUCUGUCUUGUGACACAAAGAGAGAGUGGUCCUUGGAAGGGAGCUUUGGGUGUACCCAUAAAACCCUGGAGUUCUUCUCCUGGCAGGAUGGCUUUGCGGUGGUGCUGCUGGCGCUGGUGGCCCUGGGCAUCAUCCUGGUUCUCCUGGUGGGGGCGCUCUUCCUACACCACCACCAGACCCCCGUGGUGAAGGCUGCCGGGGGGCCUCUCUCCCAGCUCAUCCUGCUCUCCCUAGUGGGAAGUUUUGUUGGCGCUGUGUUCUUCGUAGGUCAUCCCAGCAGCCUCCAGUGUAAGGUAUGUACGGUACACACAGUUUGGGAAACACUUCUGUAAUGUACUGUCUGUGACAUUGUCUGAUUGUACCAGUGUCAGUUUGUGAAUUCAUGGUUUAUUGUGUGUGUAUUGUUCUGAACCUUUUGUAACUUUGUGGCAAGGAAAUUAGUUUGUAGACGCAAAGCAAAUGUAAAUACAAAGAGAUAAUACAGUUCUGUCUCAUUGUCUCAUCUCUUCUCAUCUCAUUGUGAAGGUGCGUCAGGUGCUGUUUGGCCUCAGUUUCACCCUGUGUGUUUCCUGCAUCCUGGUCAAGUCCCUGAAGAUCCUGCUGGCCUUCCAGCUCAAGCCUGACCUGAAGGACAUUCUCCGCCGCCUCUACCAACCCUACGCCAUCAUUUGUCUCUGUGUGGCCCUACAGGUUCUCACCUGCACCCUGUGGCUGGUCCUGCAGAGCCCCCGGGAGAAGGCCACCGUCUUCGCCACCACUGUGCUGGCCGAGUGUGACGAGGGCUCCUACGUUGCGUUUGGUGUGAUGCUGGGCUACAUUGCUGUCUUGGCGCUCGUCUGUUUCGCCUGCGCGUUUAAAGGCCGCAAGCUGCCACAGAAGUUCAACGAUGCCAGGUUCAUCACCUUCAGCAUGCUCAUCUACCUCAUGUCCUGGGUGAUCUUCGUGCCCGUCUAUGUGACCACCUCAGGGAAGUACCUGCCAGCGGUGGAGAUGGUGGUCAUCCUCAUUUUCAACUACGCCGUCCUUAGCUGUCAUUUCUUCCCCAAGUGCUACGUCAUCCUCUUCAAGAAGGAGCACAACACCAAGAAUGCCUUCAUGAAGAACGUGUAUGAGUAUUCCAGAAAGGGCAUUUCUGACUCUAGUGCAGUCUCUGAGACUUCAGUCUCUCAGACAGAAGGGAAGUGCACCAGUCACCCUUACUCCAUCAGUUCACCUUCUUUCUUCAUGUCUCCUCCACCAAUAGAACCCACAGCAUCUCAGAACAGCUGGUCCAUUAGCCAGAACAUUGACACUGCCACCCAGUGCACCGCAGUAGACCAUGGAGUGUUUGUCACAGGUCAGCUGACCCGACCAUACCAUCUGAGGAGAUGCAUGAGCCUAUGA